GAGCACGCAUGCGUUGGUCAAUUCCACGAUCUGGGGUUACUGCAUGCGACCGUGGGUCCGGUCGCAUCUCUGACCCGAAGAUCUGCUAGUAAACACAAACUUUUGAGAUAUAAAACGAUCCCCAGUGACGAUAUAUCAAUCCUAUCGUUACAUUAUAAUAUUAAGUGUACAUAAUUAGGCUCACAAUGGUAAGAAUGGACGUAUUUUUAAUGAUCAGGCGAAGAAAAUUGACGAUAUUUACCGAUGCAAAGGAUGAUACUACGGUCCUCGAGCUCAAGAAGAUGAUUGAAGGUAUAAUGAAAGUACCACCGGCAAAUCAACAACUAUUUAACAAGGAUAAUCUUUUAAUGUCAGACAACAAGACUUUACAAGAUUACGGGCUGACAUCGUCAACUGCAAAAGCACAAUGUCCUGCAUUAGUCGGUUUAGCACUGCGUCAGUCAGACGGCCAGUUUGAAUCUCUCGAAAUGACACCAUUCUCAUUACCACCAGAUCUCCCUGACGUUAUGAAGUCUCAGGAAAAUAAUGGCCAAGAGCAGUCUCCUUGAAAUGACGCAGUUGCGUCACUCGACGAUGAAGUUUUGUGUUCUAUGCAACUUAGUAAUCGUCAGAGCAGCUCUGAAUGAUAAGAGAAGGAUAAAAAGGAAAUCUCAUGUACUACAUAUGUGAAUACUAGAGUGUGAAUAUCGUAACUAAACACCGUAUGAAUAUUAGACAUAUGCAAUUUUAUACAAGUAUUCAGAGCUGCAAAAUUUUUCAAUAUUCAAUUUAAUGAGGAUGCUAUAUAGUCACGCGAUCGUCAGUCUUGUAAGGACAUGUGAUGAGUAC